AACACAAUGAUAAUGAUUGUCUCUUUCUUUACGGGCACUCUCACUGCAUUUAAGAACAUUUUCACGCCAUGCUAGAAGGCUUCAGUUCACUGUGAAACGUCUCCGAGAUGAAUCGCGACAGUUUACUAAAUAAGACUCUUAGUCCUCCUCUGUCAUCUCGAGUGCCUAUUUCCCAUUCUAAUGGUAUUUCUUACUCUAAUUCUUCGCUUUCCGGAGGUCAGAUGAAUGAGCCAAGCUGGAUACCCUCGAUUCGUGGAUCUACUCACUCGCUGUCUUUCCCGUCAAGAUCUAACAACCUGAUUCCUCCAAGUGUGUUUGAUGGGUUUGACGACUCUCACUUACUCACUGCCUCGCAGCUCGAACCGAUGCCGAAAUAUCUCUCGACGAAGCAGAACAAACCGUCUGGAUUUACGAGCUUGCACAGCUAUCACUCCACGCACGGGCAUGAUACGAGCACGUAUGAUGCCCACGAUAUUCUGGAUCAAAUCUCGGCUUCGCUCCAACCAACAGUAAGUGAGUCAGCGUUUGAUAAACCGUUCGAAACGCCGUCUCCAGUCACCGCCACGCCUGUCCACUCUUUACACUCCGCUAUCCACUCUGCUAUUAGCGUCGCGGCCAGUAGCGACGAUGUAAUGAAUCCGCGAGAGCUAGAGUGGUUCGCAGAACGCUUUAAACAAAGAAGAAUCAAGCUUGGAGUCACUCAAGCGGACGUGGGAGCUGCGUUAGCUCAUUUGAAAAUCCCCGGCGUAGGAUCGUUAAGCCAGUCCACGAUUUGUAGAUUUGAGUCGCUUACACUAAGCCACAAUAACAUGAUGGCUUUGAAACCCGUGUUGACGGCGUGGCUAGAAGAGGCUGAAAAAGCGUACAAAUGCAAGAACACAACCAGCCAAUUCCUUCCUAAUUCGGAUAAAAAGAGAAAGCGAACAUCGAUUGGAGCUGCGGAGAAGCGUUCGCUGGAGGCCUACUUCGCGAUGAAUCCAAGACCUUCAAGCGACAAGAUAGCGUCGAUUGCAGAAAAACUAGACCUUUCAAAAAAUGUCGUGCGUGUUUGGUUCUGUAACCAGCGACAAAAGAAGAAAAGAAUGAAAUUCUCCGUUCAUUGAAAGAUGAAAUAACUUGGAGUAAAACAAAUUGAAUUUCCUUCCGAAAAUCCCGUCGGAAUCGCUCCAUGGAUCGACUUUCGUACGCGUGGAUGGCGAUACGGAGUGGUCAACAGCAAUUUUGGAGUAAAUUACAAAUGGUGAAUCUUAUUUCUAUUAUAGACUGAAAAUUUCGAGUCAAUGAACGAAGCAAGUCCUGAAUUUAUUAAGCCACUGAAGUUUAAAUAAGAAAGCCCGCCGCUACCUAAUGAACGGACGCGCUCGAAAAUGAGCGACAUAAUCCCGUUGAAAAGCGAUGCCUAUGCGAACUGUUAUGGAAGAUGUUCUGUUAUCCUCGAGAAACUUGUCGCGCACAGCUUAACAGCCCGCAGGUAAAUAAUAUUCAGUGUAUACCCUAUUAGCCUAACAACUAAAGGAAGAAAUUCCGAAGCACAAAUCACUUCCGCCGAGUAGUAAAAUUAUUCAUCGUACAUUUUGCCACAAUUUCAUCGUAGUUGCUACUAGAGUUUCGAUUUUAGGGCCGAGGAUUGAUGAUAAUAAGCCCCGAAAUCAUUUUUCCUUACACCUGUUUCAUUUUGGCAAAAUCAAUUUCCCCAUUUAUGAAAAGUUGAAUGUAUUACUUGCAAUUUAUGUAAAUUUGGAGGUUCUUUGUGAAGAAAAGCCGUUAAGACGUUAUUAGUUUAGCACAGAAUCGAAGGAACUACAGAAAAUCGUUAAAAUUAGACGAAAACAAAUAUGAAAACGUCCGUCGCUUCAAACGGUUUUUCUUCAAAUAGAACCACCACACACACAUCAAUUACGCGGCCGGGCUUGGCUUUGUUCAACAGUGCAGUCCAAUGAAAGCGAUCCUUUUAAUUGCUUACAAACACUUCAGUAAAGAACUUAUACUGCUAGAUAGCAAUAAUGGCAUAGGCCGGGAAAGUAUAUGUAUUUAAAUAUAUAUUUUGAAAUUUUAUACGUUGAGGAAACUUUUAUGAAUUAGUCUUUACGAUGUAUAUUUAUUGACGCUGUACAAAUUUUACCGCUAGCACCAUAAUUUAAGUCAUUUUCUGAAACUCUAUUUCGUUUUUAAUUCGCUGGUGCUGCGAAAAUGUUGUGAAAGGUUAAGUUAUCCAAAACACCGCAUAAGAAUGAAAACCAGUUUUCUCAAUUUCCAGAUUUGUAAUGAAUUGUGCUUAAAUAGACGAGAAGUUUUAAUAAACUGAAGCUCAAGUAAAA